AUAACUGUAUAAAAAUGUUGAACACACAAAAAAAAGUAAGACAAUAUACUGUGUUGCAAUAGUAUGUUGUUUAUAAGGUUAAAAUUUCAGUAUCAAUAAUGUAAGCUAAUGCGAAGAGAGUGAGUGAGACAGUAUGGUAAAUGUAUGGAACACGAUGUGUAGCAAAUAUAGUGCUUAUAUAACAGUAAAAUUAAAGUUUUUACAGUUAUGUACAGUACAAUACUGUGCUUUUAUAAACUUUAGUAAUAAAAGUUGAGAGAUGUGACUUUGCACACUGAGAGAAAAAUGUGUAUGGUGUUCCAAAACGGGGUAUGCCGUCUGCAGUUCUUUAAUACUAAACUUUUUCGUUUUAUUUAUACUUUCUAGUUUGUGCAUUGUCUGCAAUUUUCCUCAAUGGGCUGCUAAACUCCAAAACAAUUCGCAUUUAAUUACCGAUGGCAAACUCAUAAAUAAUCCAAUCCACAUAAGUUAAACUUGCAAAAGUCAAAGUUCCUUUGUGUUUGAAUGUAAUAAGAUAUUAUUUUGAUAGUGGCAUUGUACUCUGUAUAUGUUGAGAAAGCAGAAAUGAGUUAUUUUUGUUUCAUAUGUUAUAUCUACAUAGACAGUGUGUCAAAUAAUCUGUCAAUGAAGCAGAUAUUUCAUUAUGAUGGACGAUGACUGCAGCCUAAGUUCAGAGUCUCUAGCAACAAGUGAAGAAUUUGAAUUUGUUGGCGAAGGAGAACCAGAACUUCAAGUAACGGGAAGUCAUACCAAUCAAAUUAAUUUACUACAGGAUGUUGACGAUCAAUUAGACGAUGAUAUGGAAACUAAAGGAAAAGAGAUUAUUUCAAAUGGUUUAAAAGAAAAAGAUUUAGAAAACAAAAUGUCGUUAGAAGGUGGCGAAGAAAAGCAUGAGAAGGAGAAUAUAUCGGAAAAGUCGAAUUUGAAAUUGCAGAAAAAGUUAGGAAAAAUGAAUAUUUCUUUGUCCGACAACAUAGAAGGGUGUGAAUGUUCUGACAAAAAUUUGUCACCUACAUUGUCUACUUCUUCGUCAAGUCCCAUAGAAGGUCAGUUUGAAUCCAUUUUAAUAAUCCAAUAUUUAUACAAUAAGGCCUAAAUAUUACAAAAAUUA